CUCGGUUUUUUCACCGCAUCAGUGCCAUUACUGCAUUGUCUCAGCUUCCAGCGGAUCCUUGUUACCCGCACAACUUUUGCGCAAUCGCUGUGACCGCUGCCGCGCCGUCGACGCUGCCGCUGCCGCGCCGUCGACGCUGCUGCAGACAUGCACUCCCUCCUCACAGCUGUGUUGCUGGCAAGCUCUCUCCAAGAAACGGCCGGCGAGGCCUGGGGCCCGGCGCCCACACCGUUGCCAGAACUUGGCUUGAAGGGCACCGCGCUCCUCGGCGGCACGGUCCUCGGCUGCUCGGCGCUCGCGGGCAGCUUCGCGUUCGUGCGCCAGGGCGAGGCCUGCUUGAUUGAAAGGCUCGGGCGCUACAAGCGCACGCUGACGGCGGGGCUGCACCCGAAGCUUCCGUUCAUUGAGUCGGUAGCGGCCUACUCGUCGAUCCGCGAACGCGUCCUCGACGUUCCGGCGCAGCGAUGCAUCACGAAAGAUAAUGCGCCCCUGUCGGCCGACGCGGUCGUCUUCUACCGCAUCACGGAUCUGACCAAGGCCAAGUACGCCAUCGACGAUUAUCGGCUGGGCGUCUCGAAUUUAGUGCUGACGCAGCUCCGGUCGGAGAUCGGCCAACUCACGCUCGACGAGACCUUCACGGCGCGCGAGCAGCUGAAUGCCAUUUUGCUGCGGGAGGCGAAUGCGGUGUCGCGGGCCUGGGGGGUCGAGGUCUUGAGGGUCGAGGUCCGGGACAUCUUGCCAAGUCCUGAGAUUAUUUCCGCGAUGGAGCUGCAGAUGGCCGCCGAGCGCCGGAAGCGCGCCGCAGUCUUGGAAUCGGAGGGUAAAAGAGAAGCGGCGGUCAACGCGGCGACGGGCCGCCGCGACGCGGUCGUGCUGGCGGCCGAGGGCGAGCGCGCGCGCCUCACGGCAGAAGCGACGGGCAUGGCCGAGGCGCUGGCUUCGAUCGGGAGCGCGCUGGCUGGCGCCCGGGGCGACGCGGCGGCGGCAUUGCUCGUCGCGCGCGCGAAGAUCGCGGCGGACCUCGCGCUGGCGACAUCGACGAAUGCCAAGGUCAUCGUCUCGGGCGGCGGCGGCGGCGCGGCCGACGCGGCGGCGGUGGCGGGCGCGACGCUGGGGUUGGGGCGCGACGUGCCAGUAGUAAACUAGCCGUCACUAAAAAACAAAUCGGU